GAGAUACGCAGUCAACCGAAAAUUGAAGAAAAGCGGAAAAGUUCGUAAUUAUUAUUGUAAGCCAUGCGAAAGAUUUAAGGAAAUUUGUAAUGGUGCUGCUCACGAUAUUUGUAGAAAAAUUAGAAAUAACUUAAAGAAUAUAUAUUCUAUUUCUCCUGGUAAAGAAAGAAAACAACAUUGCUUAUAUUUCAAAUAUUGGUUCUAUGAAAAAUUGAUGAAUUUGUUUAAUUCUGAAUCGGGCAGUAAAUGCUUUAACAGUAUUAUUACAGAAUUUGACCAUUUUAAAGUAUAUGCAUAUUAUGGUUAUAUUGAUUUUAGUUGUCAAUAUGAUUUAUACCGUAUUAAUAUGAACAAUUUAAAAACACAUAAAUUAUAUAAUGACAUAUAUAAGGAAUAUUUGAAUUCAAUUUUUAAACUUUACAUAAAGUAUAAAAGCGAUGAAUGUUCUUCUGAUGAUUAUAAUUAUUUGUAUAAUAAUUGCGAAAACUUUUUUGAUCCUCAUGAAUAUUAUAAUCCACAAAAUCUUUUAUCUACACUAGAAAGCUGUAUUCCUGGACAAGAAAUACCUAAAAAUAUAAUAAAUGAAAAAUAUUUAGAACUGGAAAAUAAUAGCCCCAAAAUAAAAUUAAAAUGUAGCGAAGGUAGUUAUUGGAUCGAUGAUAAAUUCGUACGUAGCAUGAUAUGCACUGACAAGCAAAAAGGAGAUAUAGAACAUGUUUCGAUGAAGGCAUCUCCAAGCUUUUCAUAUUAUCAGAUUAUCUUCAAUGGUAUUUUUUACAUUACUUGGUGUAUUUUUUUGUUGUUCCUGUUUUUCAAAGUAUA